AUGUCGGCUUCUUUCCACUACAGUAAGGAUAGCGUCUCGCGCUUCAAGAAGAGGAAAGCGCGCUUCACCUUCAGCGAGGUGCACAUCCUGCUGGAUGAAGUCCGCAAGAACCGGCACAUAGUGGUGGGGAAGUUUAACCACGGGGUUCCGGGUGAGCUGAAGAAACGAACAUGGGCUGAAAUCACUGCUCGUGUCAAUGAGAUCGGCGAGUGUGAGAGAGAGGUCAUUGAGGUCAUCAAGAAAUGGUCUGACCUCAAAUGCGACACCAAGCGAAAGGUCGCCGCCCUGCGAUCCAAAGGUUUACUGCAACGGCACGCGCGCCUGACCACUGAGCUCUCGCCCACAGAGAACAUCGUCCAUCAGAUCCUGGAACCGGAUCCCAAGCAGGGCCCAGAGCACUGGUCUGCCAGUGUGGGUGUGGUCGUGGAGGAUGAGGAGGACGACAACGAUGAAGAGGACUUGGGAAUCAUGGGAUUGGGAUCCAUUCACAGCUCACCGGGGGGAGGGGUUGAUGUGCCAGGAAUCAUGCCACCACCUCCUGCUGGCACCCUGGGUGUACCAGGCUCAAUACCAGCCCAGGGAACAGCAAAUGUGCUGGAGAACAUGGUACCCAGUGUCGGCUCCAGAGAUUCGUCCCAGUCAUCAUAUGACACACAGUAUGAAGUACCCACUAAUGACGACCCUGAUUCCCACCUAAUGGACUCUGACGAGGAUCACUAUGACAACGUACUCCCAUCAUCCUCUCUGGCGACCCCUACUAACUCUGUUGCUCACGAUGACGGACCAGUAAUUAGUGCUGUUAAGGGGUGUGUGUCUUUGCCGCCUGGCCACGCCCGCGUUCCUGUAACCCCGCCCCACGACCGACCUACGGAGCUGAGCGGUUCUCGUGAGCACCUUUUGCGGAGUGCGACUCUGAGUGUGCAGGAGCAGCACACGACCAACGCUCUGCUGGAGACGGUGUCCCGUUCUCUGGAACUGCUGGCCGAGUCUGUGCAGCAGCUGGCCGAGACACAGCAGGAGUUUGUGCGGGAGUCCUUACAGCUGCAGAGGGACACGCUGCAGGUCCUCAGGGAGUUUGCCACGGGGGCGCUCACCAUCAUGCACGACAAAGUGAACGGGCGACCCACAUUAUAG